GACUUUAGAUCUGGACUCCAGUUUUCUUCACUUGCUGUUCCUCUGCAGGCUGAUUUAGCUGAACUCAAGAAGAUUUUUGAAGCUCUCAACACAAGAUUAGGUGAAUACUGGGCCAACCAUCGCAGGACUAUGAACUCUCCUCACUGGACUCCUCACUGGACUCCUCACUGGUCUCCUCAGUGGACUCCUGGGGGACUGGAGCCCUCCAUGAACUCAUAUCUGAAUCCAAACCUCCACCAAGAUGUGGGAAUAAACACACAGGAGCUGGCUGUGACCGUUCCUAAGCCUGUGCACGUAAAGAAGGGGAUGUUUUCUGAGCUGCACAGUAAAGUUUCAGAAGCUGGCAUCCCCGUCACUGCAACACAUUUUGACCUGCAGCGGGAAAUGCUCUGGAUGGGAAACUACACGGGUCAUGUACAAUCCUUCCUUGGACCUACAAUGGCACACUACUCUUCUUUCCAAGUGCACGCAACUGAUGCCAUCAGACACAUGCAGAGUUUGGACACAGGCGUGCUCUUCCUUUCUAAAUGCAACCUCGGAUGUUACACUCGUGGAGGCCUGGUCAUGUUUGAUUAUCGGAUGGAAGAAGGAGCUGAUAUGCGCAGUCUCCUCAUGACUGAUAACAUGCUGCUCAUGGGGGGAUUACAAAACUAUGUGGUUGAAGUUGACUUGAAUACACUUCAAGAAACUCAAAAGUUCACAGUGGAGACACCUGGAGUGACAAUAAUGUGUCAAACCAAUCGUUUCUUCUUCUUCGGGCACCCUUCUGGCAAAGUGACCCUUCGAGACUUGCGUACCUUUAGGACACAAAAGUUUGAUGCAUUUCCUGGCGGCCUGUCAGACUUUGAUGUUCACGGAAACCUCUUGGCUGUGAGUGGGUUCUCCAGCCGAGGGCUGAAUGAACGUUUCCUCAUGGUGUAUGACCUCCGCAUGAUGCGAGCUGCAACCCCCCUUUGGGUGCAUGUGGAUCCCUUCUUCGUGCGCUUCAUUCCUACCUACACGUCACGGCUCGCAAUCAUCUCACAGACAGGUGAGUGUCAAUUCUGUGAGCCCACUGGCCUCGCCAACAUGGCGGAUAUUUUCCACGUCAACACAAAUGGCCAGUUUCUCACAAGUUUUGAGGUCUCAUCCAGCAAACAAGCCUUAGCCUUUGGAGAUUCGGGGGGAUGUGUGCGUCUCUGGUCCGAUACUCGGGACGUUAUGUUUAACGUCUAUUCCAGAGAGCCCUGCGUUGUGGACGCACUGCCUCAGCUGACCUGGAAUCAUAACCUGCAGCACUGCUCUCCCAUCCCCACUGUCCAGGCUACACCCAGCUCAAGAUGGGCUCCUGGGAUGGAGCCAGAAAUCCCACAAACUAUUGAAACUGUUGGCUUCAACAGUUAUGUGGAAAAUCCUUACGCCUGCCCCUGUAACCAGGUCCCUGCCAACGAAGAAGGGACACCUGGUCAUGGUUAUUACAACCACGUCCCUGAAUCUCCAACAGAGAGUGAUGAAGAGCCGCUCCUUCACACUGUUCCAGAAAAGUACAGAAAGGUGACAAUUAAAUACUCUAAAUGUGGACGGGAAGAUUUUGACUUCAAACAUUACAACAGGACGUUGUUUGCUGGCCUGGAGCCGCAGAUUCCCAACGCCUACUGUAACUGCAUGAUCCAGGUGUUAUACUUCCUGGAGCCAGUUCGCUGCCUUGUUCAGAAUCAUUCGUGCCACAAGGAGUUUUGUUUGGCUUGUGAACUCGGCUUCCUCUUCCACAUGUUGGAUUUGUCACAAGGAGAUCCAUGUCAGGCCAGCAACUUCCUCAGAGCACUUCGAAACAUCCCUGAAGCCAAAGAGAUGGGCCUGAUCCUCUCAAACUGUGAGGAGACAACGGGAACAGUCGAGCUAGGUCGCUUAAUCCAGAGAUGGAAUCACUUCAUCCUCUACCAGCUCUUCCAGGAGACACAGGAGCAGGAGGAUCCACGGGCCUACAGGACACCCAGGAGCAGUUCUCUGGGCUCCUCUGGCGACUCUGUCAUUAGAGAGCUGUUUUGUUCUGAAGUUGAGAACCGCAGCCUGUGUCUCUGUGGCAUAGAAACAGUCCACUCCUCCCUCAUGUCGCUGUUCAACAUGCAUUACCCCGACUCUCAAGGAAAAAGAAUGAAGGAGCAUGACUUUGCUGAGAUCCUGAAGAAAAGCAUCUGCCUGCAGCAGAGAUCUCACACAUGGUGUGAAAACUGUGACAAGUAUCACCUCACAGUGCAGACACGUAACAUUCGACGUCUCCCAGAUGUUUUGGUGAUAAACUGUGAGGUGAACAGCAGCAAAGAGGCCGAAUUCUGGAAGGUUCAGGCCGAGGUAAGCGACUGAUUCACUGUGUUUAAAUACAGUUAAAAGAAACAAUGAAACUCAUGAUUUAGCUGUUCAUUAUUUACAUGAUUGUCCAUGUUUCUGUUUUUAUAGUAUGCCUUCAACAAAUCCAUGCAGAAGACAGAUCAGGAUCAGCGUCACGUGUGGAUCCCCGCCACUCUCAAGAUGUCCCUCAGCAAAAGUCAGAGACUGGAGAUCAGCAGCUGGCCUGAGGGCGAGGAGUUAAGUGCUGCUGAAGAGGCGGAGGGAGCUUCUCUGUAUGACUUGGUGGUCACGGUGCCACACAUCCUGGACUCUGGCACGGGUGGUAAUCUGGUCGCACACAUCAAAGUGGGUGAGACCUACCAUCAAAGAAAAGAGGGAGUCUCUCGCCAGCAGUGGUACCUCUUCAAUGACUUCCUCAUUGAGCCGAUUGAGAAGAGUGAGGCUGCACAGUUUGAUGUGAGCUGGAAAGUGCCAGCCAUCCUGUGUUACGCCAAGAGAAACUACCACACCAAAUACGACCUCCGCAGUGAGUGUCAGCACAAUCAGUCUGAAGUUAAAUCUGACUUAUAUCGGACUCAGAAGCAGAGGAAGACAGACGCCACUUUCAUCCCACUGACAGUCAGUGAGAUGCCGCGGGCUGGUGACCUGGUGGGGCUGGACGCUGAGUUUGUAAAGCUCAGUGAGGAGGAAGCAGUGCUGCACAGCGACGGCACCAAAUCGACCAUUACGCCCAGUCAGAUGUCUGUGGCCAGGAUCACCUGUGUGAGGGGUCAGGGACCCAACGAGGGGGUCCCCUUCAUCGAUGACUACAUCUCCACUCAGGAGCAGGUGGUCGACUAUUUGACAAAAUACUCUGGAAUCGAACCUGGAGACCUGGAUGCCACAGUAUCCUCUAAGCACAUGACCACGCUGAAGUCGACCUACCUGAAGCUACGCUUCCUCAUCGACUCAGGAGUUUGCUUCGUCGGCCACGGCCUGCAGAAUGACUUUCGUGUCAUUAAUUUAGUGGUUCCCAAAGAUCAAGUUAUCGACACUGUCCACCUCUUCCGAUUGCCCUACAAGAGGAUGAUUUCUCUGAAAUUCCUUGCUUGGUAUUUUCUUGGCCUCAACAUCCAGGGAGAAACCCACGACAGCACGGAGGACUCAUGCACGGCCCUGAAGCUUUACAGGAAGUACCUGGAGCUGUAUCAGGAAGGAGGGAAUCAUUACGUGACGAAGGUGCUCUACGAAGUCUACGACAAAGGCUUCCAGCUGAACUGGAAAGUCCCGGAUUUGGAUGCGAGAUAGUCCGUCUGAGUGGACUGAAUGCACUCUCCUUCCAUCCACAGGUGCUGCUGUGCUUCCCUCUGUGAUGGGACUGUGAGCAACACCAUGACCUGAAGAUGCUCGGGCUGCUUAUUCUGUAUCAUAUUUUAUAGUUAUUUGCUUUGAGUCAGUGACUCAGUUGUUUUUAUCAUAUCUAAAUGUAAGCUUUUUAUAUCAGAGAGGUUUACAGGGGGGAAAGUGAUCAUUCAAAAUGUGAAUUUGAAGCAUUUUUUUUUUUUAAAGAAAAAGACAAAAUUGUUGCAUGUAAAUGAAGUCAUCCUGAGCACUGUAAAAUGUUUGUUGUUUGAUACCAGGAAGUGGAGAAUGUGCAUGAAUCCAUGAAAAUCUUGAUUAAAACAGAUUGAAACCACAAUGAAAUUUUUUUCACCAGCUUCUGUGAAAUCUGUUGAACUGUUCAUGUUCCAGCUAACUUUUUGUAGCUUUCUUAGAAUUCAGAUCGAUUUUGAAUUUUUCAAAAGCUGUUAUUUCUCUUCUGUAAAUGACACAUUUAACAUGUUUGAAAAACAUGUCCUCAACAUUUC